AUGGACCAAUAUCCCACUAGACUGGUACCGCCAGCAGUCAGUUCGCUCCGGGCACAGGCUGCUGGCAGUGCGAUGGAGCGAACAUUGACCCAGGACAUCAGAGAAGAGCGGGAGGAGCUCAGGGAAGCCGCGGAGCAGACUCUGAACGUCAUUGUCGACCUGAACCUCGAUGGCACCAUACGAUGGGUCAGCCCAUCCUGGGUUGAUGUUAUAGGCACCCAGCCAGGUGCCGUGGCAGCCACGCCCAUUGCUGACUUGAUCAUCAGUGAUGACAAAGCUAUAUUUUCUGAGGCCGUUGGCUCGAUGAAGAAAGAUGACUCGCGAAGCCAGUUUAUCAGAUUCACCGUCUAUCUCGGGCCACUAUCCAAGUUGUUGCCCCCCGAGACGGUCAAGGAGCCCGAGCCUACCGAAGCCGAUCCCGUCACUGUGGAGCUCGAAGCCCAGGGUAUCAUGGUAUACGAUCGUACCACCGGGGGAGAGAGCCACACCAUGUGGAUGAUCCGGCCGUGGAUAGCACCUCGCGAAAUUAAGAUUGAUCUACCGUCCCUCAUAGUAGAUUCUCUUGGGUCUGGCGCCGAGGUUCUGGCAAGCUAUCUAACUCAACUGGCCGAGUCUGGAAGCGAAGACCCUGCAAGUCAACCCCCACCCUUACCAGCGUUGUGCCGUAUUUGUGAACGUCAAAUCCCGCCAUGGUGGUUUGAGAAGCACACCGACCUGUGUCUGCAGGAACAUCGCGCAGAGAUGGACGUUCAAAUGACUCAAGAGACCUUGGCGGAGCAUCGACACUCGCUCGUCAAAGUGCUAGACGCUCUGGAGGCCCGGAAGACUCGUCCUCUUGCGGGAGAACAGGUCAUCCUGCCAAUGGCCGAAUACAAGGGAUUCACCAUAGGCCCGACUUCGAGUUCGUCCUCUCCUGGGACAUCUUCGCCAGCUGGGUCAUCGAGGGAUCGAUCGACUGGCUUUGGCCACUGUCGCUCUCGAUCAUUUGCUGUCCGUCGACCUCAGUAUCGUAUCGUGGAACUUCUCCUGGAUCUAUGCGAUACGUCAAUGGAAAUCAGCACGCCUGCCAUUAAAGAGACCGGCUCUCAGGGUUCCGGGGAGUUCAGAACACAAUCUCCACAGUCAGAAUCUCGUAUUUCCCAAGUGCUUCAGUGGCAAUCUCCUGGCGCGAACACAUUGGAGCAAGAACAAGGUCUAGCGCUACUGUGCUCUGACACGGAGAAAGUAGCAAAGGACAAGGUUGAGGCCGUCUUUCGGUACCGUCGGAUUCUCGAGUACUCGGAGAGGAUUCGAUGCGAAUUCACCGUGAUCGUUCAGGACUGUAUUGACCAGGCUAUGCACAAAGCUGCCCGAAUUGCGGCCGGUCGCUUGAGUGACUCGACUGAAGACGAAGAGGAGCUUCAAGCUGAUGAGCAUGAUCAAAAUGAGGAAGAAGAAGAAGAGGAGGAGGAGGAGGAGGAGGAGGAGGAAAUCACCCCUGCAGCUCAGGAGGAACCCAUGUUUGCUGGGUCCUUUGACGUGCCUUCCUCUCUGGCCAUGGCACUCAAGAAUGUGAAAUUGGGAGAAACCCCAAAUAAACGGCGGCCAUCAUCGGUGAUUGGAUCAACCAGAUCAAGUAGUCCCAGAGAAUGUUUAACCCCACGGUCUCACCGUGGGGCUCUCAGCGUCACAGGACAGACUCGGGAGUCUCGCAGGGAAUCUCUGAUGUUUGAGAGUGAUGCUGGAGAUAGCGAUGGUAGCCAGAGAUCUUCCUCUGUAACAUCACGCCAGCCACCCCGAACCGAAUCCCCGAUAUCUGAGUUUGGUGGUCUGCGGCGUGCCACCAGCUCUCGGCAGCAUCAAAGACGCAGCCUCAUUCUCCCAGGCAACUCAUCCCCCCAUCGGCAAGAGUCACCCAACCGAGGAAACCCACCGUCUUCUCCCCUAUGUAUACUUAAGCCGAGGAACCUCCAUUUCUCACAGGACGGCGUUGUGUCCCCGGAAGCUUCGCCUAUGCUACCACAUAGUGAAUUCAGCUCACCUGCCCCUGUUUCCCACCAUCGCCGACAGUCAUCAACGGCCACGUCAGAUUUGCCCAUUCGGCAUCCCCCAUCUCCACGGAUGAAUCCCGUUAAUGCCGCACCCAUGGCCCGUGCUGUGCCGCCAUCUAUCAAAGACUUUGAGAUCAUCAAGCCCAUCAGCAAAGGCGCUUUUGGCAGCGUAUACUUGUCCAAGAAGAAGUCCACGGGCGAAUAUUUUGCCAUCAAGGUUUUGAAAAAGGCUGACAUGGUUGCGAAGAACCAAGUCACCAACGUCAAGGCGGAAAGGGCUAUCAUGAUGUGGCAAGGAGAGAGCGAGUUCGUGGCCAAGCUAUAUUGGACAUUUUCUAGCAAGGACUAUCUCUAUCUUGUCAUGGAGUACCUCAAUGGUGGGGACUGUGCUUCGCUUAUCAAAGUGCUUGGUGGUCUUCCCGAGGACUGGGUAAGGAAGUAUCUCGGUGAGGUCAUCCUUGGUGUCGAGCAUUUACAUGAUCGAGGCAUUAUCCACCGGGAUCUGAAGCCGGACAAUCUGCUCAUCGACCAAAAGGGCCAUCUGAAAUUGACAGAUUUCGGUCUGUCACGGAUGGGUUUGAUAGGACGUCAAAAGCGAGCUUUGAACAGUGGCAACUCGGAUCAGACACCCGACCUCCUGAAAACCGGGCCUUUCGCUCGUUCCACCUCCAUUGCAUCAUCUCGAUCGACAUCCAUUGAUUUACAUGGAGGGCAUCACUCGCCUGGAGCAACACCCCAAAUGACACCCAGCGACACGGGGCAUAGCCUUGGCCAGCCAUCAUACUUCAAUUUGUCCAACGUCCAACAAGAGCCUCGCCGCAUCUCGGGACAACGGAGCGAUAGUGGAGGGAGCGAGACGUUGACACACAUGAUGGGCAACUUCUCUCUCAAUGACACUCAUUCGAGACAGUCCCAUACGUGCAUCAAGUCGCCGCAAGAUGAUGGCAGCGAAACCAACAGCAUUUUAUCCCCUGAUUUCCCAUCGCUGCAUCACUCAAGUACCCAGGGAAGCGAUAUGCAUAGGAUUACGCCCUCUCAGCCGUCGAUGAUGCCACCCCCAAUGGCUCUGUUUGAUCCUGAGGAUACAGACCGUCGGUUCGUCGGUACUCCUGAUUACCUUGCUCCGGAAACAAUCAAGGGGGAAAGGCAGGACGAGACGAGCGAUUGGUGGUCGGUUGGUUGCAUUUUGUUUGAGUUCCUCUACGGCGUCCCUCCAUUCAAUGCUGCAGACGCGCAACUCGUGUUCGAAAAUAUUCUGGCUCGGAGAUUCCAAUGGACCGAGGAUGCUGACGAUGGUAUCUCGGCUGAGGCCAAGGACCUUAUCAACAAGCUACUUUGUGUGGACCCGCAGCAAAGACUGGGCUCCAACCGUGACGAGAAAUACGCUUCAGGCGGGGAGGAGAUCAGAAAUCACCCGUGGUUCGAGGGUAUGAACUGGGACUCUCUGCUCCAAGACGAAGCACAGUUCGUCCCUCAACCGGAUAAUCCGGAAGACACGGAGUACUUUGAUGCGCGCGGUGCUACUUUGCAGGCGUUCACAGAGGAGAUGGAAGAUCAGCUUUCGCCUCCGUCUGCUCCAACCCCAGACUAUCCGGAUCGCCCUCAUGACGCGCUUUCCCGUGUUCGAUCCCAAGUUCAAGUCAACCAAAUCAAGCGCGGGUUGAUGCCACUACACAUACCCCCGCAUAUCAGAGACCUCAAGAGUCGAAGACUCAGCGAACCUGUCGCAUCUGACGAUUUUGGGACCUUUGCCUUCAAGAAUCUUACGGUGCUCGAAAAAGCAAAUAAGGAUGUCAUACAACAGCUCAAAGCUCAGGCGAUGGCGGCCUCGCAGAACAGGUCAGGUAUGAGUCCAGGUGGCCCCAACAGCGCUACCUCUCCGGCACCUGUGCUCGAGGGUAGUCCUCCUGUGCUAUCUAUGCCUGUGCAACGAACACUUUCCAAUGCCAAAGCUUCCCAGCGACCCGCGUCGCCAUCUGCUGUGAGCCAUGCGAACUCCUCUCCUAGCCGGGCUUCUCAGCCAUCGUCUCCACUUCUCGUGUCCUUUGUUGCUGGCCAAGGAUCCGAAGGCCGUCGGAAGCCAUCGAGCAAUUCGUCGAGUCUGUCCAAGGAGUCAGCCAGCUCCUUACAGCCUGGUAACUUCUUUGAGGUGCCUAGGGUCAUACCAAAUUUUCAGAAGUCUGCUACUGUUGCACCAUCUCCAGUCAAGGGGCGAGGUGUACCGCCCCCUUUGUCUUUAUCACCGCAGAAGCAUAUCGGAACCCCGCGACAAUCGAGCAAUUCCUCUGCCCGGUCAAGAUCGUUGACUGUGGGCUCUCAAGAUGGUAGUCCAGUAGCAUCGGAUCUUUUGGCACACCAUCGCAAUCGCCGUAGCCAAGUCUUCGACAUGUCUCCAUCCUCGUCGGACAAUGAGGGUGAGAAGGCCAAUGCCUUGCUACGCGUCCAGAGGCGACGCCAGAGUUCGCGGCGUAUGUCUGCCAUCAAUCUUGAUAGUCCAUCCUUCCGUUCACUCGACGUGUUGAUUUGUGAGGAUCAUCCAGUAUCGCGCAUGGUUAUGGAGAAACUUCUUGAAAAACUACGUUGUCGAACCAUUUCUGCGUCGACUGGCUCGGAAGCUGUGCGGUACGCGCUGAGUGAGAUCAAAUUUGACAUCAUCUUCACCGAGUUCAAGCUUCCCGAGGUGAGCGGAACCGAUAUCGCCCGCAUGGUCCGCGAGUUAAAGAACGUUAAUGCGCACACGCCCAUUGUCGCCAUUACAGCGUAUCUGAAAGAACUACAAGCACCUCACUACUUUGAUUCGCUUGUCGAGAAGCCCAUCAGUUCAUCAAAACUGAUUGAGGUCUUGUCCAACCUAUGCCAAUGGAAACCUCCCUCAUCAAGCCAAAGCACGUCCAUUUCGCUGACUAAUCCCGUGGCCUCUAUUCCCUCGUCCUUGAGGCAGAGCACUCGGACAGACGAUAGUCCGACAUCUGGGUCCUCCGGCUACGCUCACCACCCGGAAAGCAGCAGUUUCAGGGCAUCAAGUCGAGAAGAUUCUAUCAGUUCAAGCCUUUUUGGUGACUCGGAAUCCGUCACGACCGAUGAGAUUCCGGUAGUCAUAAGUCGGAAAGCUACGGGCGAUUGGGACGAAUUUAGUAUCAACCACGAUGAAAUUCUGCUCAACGCCGGCGGCUCGCCCAAACUGCCUGCUGAAGUAGUAACUCAGCAAUCAGCCCCAGCGCAAACGGAGCAACAGACGAGAAUGCCAGUUCCUCGGCGUUCGCUGGAAAAGCUAAGAUCAAGGCGUGAGCACCUGGAGAAACGCAGGAACGAAAGUACCGAUUCUGCCGACGACGAAGAUGAGGAGUUAGGCGCGUCAAAGGAUCGCGACCGCAGCAUGCGUGGCAAAUCGAUGGCAUUGCCGAGCUCCAGAUUGGGAAUCGAAAUGAUGAGAGCGAACAGUCACGAUAGCGUUGCUGUCGCAUCCGACUCUACCGUCGAGCCCAUCACCCAGGUUGUCACGCCAUCGAAGCCCAUGCGCGCCUGUUCACCGUUGAGGUCGCUGCAGACGCCAUCGGAGGCACCGCCAAGUCAAAGGAGUGGUAUAGUCGAGGACGAUGACCCCGACGAAACACCUCGUCCACCGGCAGACUCAAAACUUGAGGCUGACACUGACGAACCCACACCUCGGCCGACUGUGAAACAAUCGGACUCGGUAUUGCAAGUGUUGUAG